AUGUCGACUGUAGCUCAGUCUCAGACCAACAUCACUUCUGAACAGCAGUAUCUGGGGGUAUUGGAAAGAGUAUUGUUUUCCAUUGUGGCCUCAUUACCAUGCUGUGUGUUCCUCUUCAUUAAUGGGUCCAUGUUAUUCACUUUGAGGAGUAGACCAGUGUUUUGUGAGACUUCUCGGUACAUUCUUCUGUAUAACCUCCUUUUUGCAGACACUGUACAGAUGGUACUGAGUCAGUUACUGUUCAUCCUGGCUACUGUCAGGGUAAAACUCACUUAUCCUGUGUGUGGUUUUCUUGUAAUGCUUGCCAAUCUCACAAAUGAUAUUUCUCCUCAAACACUGGUGGUGAUGUCUUUGGAAAGAUAUGUAGCUGUGUGUUACCCACUGAGACACUCUACCAUCAUCACUGUCAGAAACACAUCAGUGGCUAUCACUGUGAUUUGGGCCUUCAGUUCAUUAAACAUCCUCGUCCGAGUUGUUUUGCUGUUAGACUUUCCAUUUGAAGACUUGCAGAGCUUGGAAAUGAAACAAGUUUGUAAUUCACUAGUGAUGGUUCUUUCACCAGUGUCUGAUCAUUAUGACAAAGCCUAUAAUAUUUUUGUGUUUGUUUCAGCUUUUGCUGCAAUAACUUCCUCUUAUGUUGGUGUGACAGUAGCAGCCAGGUCGGCCUCCACAGACAAAUCCUCCUCCUCAAAGGCUCGAAACACACUGCUGCUGCAUCUGGUGCAGCUCGGAUUCAGUCUUUUAUCAACUGUACAUAAUCUUUUAGUCCUAGCUGUCUUCAAAAGUGUUAAUAGGGUAAUAUUUGUGCGCCUACAGACUUUUCUUUAUGUGUGUCUUAUCAUCCUCCCUAAAUGUCUUAGUGCUCUCAUCUAUGGCCUCAGAGACCAGACCAUCAGACUCUAUUUCAUGUAUCACCUUUGUUGUCGACUAAAACUGUCCAAGCCAAAAGUUGAUCCUAAAUGA